AUGACAAUCAACACACCACUGGUAAUUAUCAUACUACUGACAAUCAACCCAUUCCUGACAAUCAUCCCAUCCCUGACAAACAACCCAUUCCUGACAAACAACACACCACUGGUAAUCAACAUACCACUGACAAUCAACCCAUCCCUGACAAUCAUCCCAUCCCUGGCAAUCAACCCAUUCCUGACAAACAACACACCACUGGUAAUCAACAUACCACUGACAAUCAACCCAUCCCUGACAAUCAUCCCAUGCCUGACAAUCAACCCAUUCCUGACAAACAACACACCACUGGUAAUCAACAUACCACUGACAAUCAACCCAUCCCUGACAAUCAUCCCAUCCCUGACAAUCAACACACCACUGGUAAUUAUCAUACCACUGACAAUCAACCCAUUCCUGACAUUCAACUCAUUCCUGACAAUCAUCCCAUCCCUGACAAACAACCCAUUCCUGACAAACAACACACCACUGGUAAUUAACAUACCACUGACAAUCAACCCAUUCCUGACAAUCAUCCCAUCCCUGACAAACAACCCAUUCCUGACAAUCAACCCAUUCCUGACAAUCAAUCCAUUCCUGACAAUCAUCCCAUCCCUGACAAACAAACCAUUCCUGACAAACAACACACCACUGAAACUCACAGGAAAUGAUGUGUUCCCCACCAUACACAAGAAACUCACAGGAAAUGAUGUGUUCCCCACCAUAUACAAGGAGCUAACAGGAAAUGAUGUGUUCCCCACCAUACACAAGGAGCUAACAGGAAAUGAUGUGUUCCCCACCAUACACAAGAAACUCACAGGAAAUGAUGAGUUCCCCACCAUACACAAGGAACUCACAGGAAAUGAUGAGUUCUCCACCAUACACAGGGAACUAACAGGAAAUGAUGUGUUCCCCACCAUACACAAGGAACUCACAGGAAAUGAUGUGUUCCCCACCUUACACAAGAAAUUCACAGGAAAUGAUGUUUUCCCACCAUACACAGGGAACUAA